AUGAGUGAUUCGGAGCUCGUCUUCACGUUCUUUUACAUUCUACUGUGCAUGUGCAUUUUCUACCCGCCCACUGAGUUCAUCACCUUAGGACUGACCAUCGAGAACCUCUUCGCAAACCUUCUGGGCACGGAGGAAGUCGAGUUUAUUCGAUACCAUCAGAGGCGGACGAGUCUAACACUUUUCAUUCAUAGUUGCCUGCCGGCUUUGUACUUCCUAGUGCACUAUCUGCAAUUUAACGACCAAUAUGCGACCGGUGACCAGAUGACGGCGGUAACGUGGCGGAUCGCUCAGAAAUUCAGUAUUCUGGCGGUUCUUAUCACGCCCGCGAUAAUUGUUUAUUGGAUGCAACAUGACUGGAGCAAUCACCCGAUCUCGAAGAUGCUUAAUAAGUUUGCGAACUCGGCCAGGGGAUAUGCCUCUGUCGCGGAGGACAUCGGUGUGGAGUUUCGAAGGCAAGAUGUCCUGAAUAUGAAAAUCAAUUCUAUCACUUCGUUGAUUGCAACCGAAAACUGGAUUAUUAAGACCACGCCUUACAUUGUCUACUUUGCACAUCAAAGUGACACCACCCUAAAUGUAAAUAAGAGUGAAACAUUCACUAUCGCCGAGGACACGAAUGAUUCAAUUCAAAUAAUCAACAUAUCUGUGAAAUCAACCCGACCUGGAAUUGGCGAAUUUCAAAUUCGCAUAAACGCCUUAGAUUUCCGUAACCUCCAAGAUCGAAUCAGUCGUCCCAUAACAAUCGCCUCAAACAUCCAAUUCCACCAAAGCAUUAUCGAUCGUUUUAUUGAAGUUUUCAAAGCGCAAGUGGCCUUAAAUCCAGUAUUCCGGACGAAUCAGGUUGCUGACAGUUGUUUUGCAUGCAUGCUUGCGGAGCCGAAUAUAAAAUUACACAAGCAGUGCCUCGAUGUAAACGAAAAUGGUGAUGCGAUUCCGGAGGAUCAGAGGUGUCGCAAUUGCUACUGUCGACCAAUGUGGUGUGUUGAUUGCUUGGCGAGAUGGUUUGCAUCCCGGCAGAAUGAGUUUGAAAAGGAAGUGUGGCUGGAGAAGAAGUGUUCGUGCCCGCUGUGUAGGGCACCGUUUUGUAUGUUAGACGUGUGCUAUAUUGAAAAAAUUGAAUCUUAAUACAUUUGUAGAGAGGAUUCCGCUUUUAACGAUACUCUAUUUCUAAUUUAAGCUAAUGAAUCUUAUGAGAGAAGUAGUUCAGCUUCAACUUUAGGCAUGGCACUACACUCCUGUAUUUUAGGGAUAGUUUAACUAUAUACAUAUAUUAGGCCCUUCACUAGUACUGAGUUGAAUAUAAUCAAUACCUCAAUUAUGGAAAGACGUCUUCGAGUUGCUUCUAAUAAAUCGAUCUAAUGAAAAAUA